AGACGUUCCGUUGCUCUGUCUGAGUCAAUCCGCCAUUGGUGUCGAAUCGAAGAAGCCGAAGCUACCGUCUUCACUCUCACUUCUUUUAGCGUUCGCUCAUCAAACUUCGUACGCUACACUACUACAGGUUCGCCAUAUCUUUUUCUUACUCCACACUGCAGUUCAAUCAAUUUUGCCCCAUCUUCAAAUUCUUCAACUUUAAUCUCUCAUGACCCAACCUCCUCCUCCUCCUCCGUUUUCUCACCCACCCUUCACUUCUCUCCCCUCUAACCCUAACCCUAUCUCUCAAUUCCAACCCCCACAUCCCCAGAACCCUGCUCCUCAACCUCCGGACCUCUCCGCCACUCUCUCAACUCUCAAUUCUCUCAUUCAACAAUCUGAGCAGACUCUUCUAUCCCUUUCCACUCUUCUUCCACUCCAACACCCAAACCAGGCCAACCUCAAUCGCUUUGCCUCUUGCUCUUUUAACCCCCAUCACCUCUUGCCACCCAACUCCCUCUUUGCCCAUUUUCUCAGCUGCCCCUCCUCUCCUUCCCCUAUUCAACCUGGCCUUCUUCCACCUCUAAAUUACACCCAAACUCUGAAAUCCUCUGCUUCUUCGCAGCCUGAAAAUGGUUUUCUUCAGUCAGUUCAAGGCUCCGAAUCCGACCUCUGCUUCUCCUUGGAUGAUUUCUUUGCGGAGUUUGGGUGCAAUUCAUUCUACCACGAUUGCCCUGGGGUGGUUAGUUUGUCUGCUAUAAAUGGUGUCAGUAGAACUUUUACUCUUCCUUCUGUUUUGUCCGUUCAAUGCGAAAAUUUUGUGAGCAAAGGGGAUAUAGAGACGAAGACUUUUGGGAGAGACUGUAGAAAGAUUCUUCCUUCCGAGUUUUGGGCUACUAGAGCUGAGGUUGAAACUUGGAAUGAGUAUCCCACAGUAUACUCGUACAGAGUUCUUUGUGCUAUUUUGGGGUUGGAUUUAGCUCGAGUUAAUGGCUUGGCAAGAUGGGUCAUUGCUAAUUCUCCAAGAUAUGGAAUUGUGAUUGAUACGGCUAUGAGGGAUCACAUAUUUUUGCUCUGCAGGCUUUGUUUGAAGGCAAUUCUCAAAGAAGCUUCAACUUUGGUGGACAAUGGUGAUACAGAGAUGAUUCCAGGGAAUACGAACUUUAAUUGUCCAGUACUAGUUCAAGUUCUGAUGUGGCUGGCGUCUCAGUUUUCCAUUCUCUACGGUCAAAUAAAUGGGAAGCUUUUUGCCAUAAAUACUGUCAAGCAAUGCAUAUUAGAAGCUGCGUCGAGGGUAUUAAUUUUCUCAUUAGAGCAUAAGGUGACAGAGUCUCCCACUGAAGAGUUUCAUCAUAGUUUGGAUAUGAAUUCUAAUGACAGUACUGGAGGUGUCAAAGUGGAAGAAGCACAACAGCUUCAGAAAAGUACUGAAGAAGAACAAAAUAGCAUAGUAGAUGAAAGUGUUACGGGUGGGGUGAUUUUUGUUUCUCAGGUAGUAGCAGCUGUUGCAGCAUUGCAUGAAAGGUCCUUGUUUGAAGAUAAAGUUAAGGCACUACGGUGUUACCCACCACUAAAUAACUAUCAACGGAUGGCAGAGCAUGCUUAUGUGUCUCAAAGAGCUGAUGAAGAACGGAAAAAACGUCCUCUGUAUAGACCCAUAAUUGAGCAUGAUGGCCUUCCUCGGGUGAAAUUAUCUAAUGAGGAUGCAAGCAAGAGCAGGACUAGAGAGGAAUUAUUGGCAGAAGAAAGGGAUUACAAAAGGCGAAGAAUGUCAUACCGUGGGAAGAAGGUGAAGCGAUCACACUUGGAGGUUAUGAGAGAUAUUAUAGAAGACUACAUGGAUGAAAUCAAACAAGCUGGAGGCAUUGGGUGCUUUGAGAAGGAAUCUGGAGGAGAGGAUACAUUUCCAUUUAAACCACCUUAUGUGUCUGACACGACCACAUAUGGUGACAUGCCUAAAAAAAGCUUCUAUGACUCGUCAACAGGUGGAGAUAGCCCAAAUUACUACCAACAACAAUUGCACUCUGAUUAUAGGACUCAAGCUACAACUUCUAAGGGUCCUUUGGUAAAACAAUAUCAGCAACCAAGAAGAGGCCAUCAUGAUAACCAUGAACUCUCAGAGGAUCAUGUAAGUGUCAAUAGGUAUAAACACGAUAGAGAGUACUGUUCCAGAAGUCCAAGACAUGUCCGGUCAAGUGAGUGCCCUCGUAGACCAAGGGAACAAGAUGAAAUGGAUGGAAUCAAGCAUCAUGAGAAUCAAAAUCUAAAGAUCCGCGGCACAGGGAAAGAUAUGAGAAUCACAGUUCAGAGCCUCUGUCACGUUUCGAGGACAGAUAUGACCCUUCAGAGUCUCAUGACACACAUGAAGAUGGUAACUCUUCCAUCAGCAAAUACUAUGGAUCAGAUAAAUUUCAUGAUGAGGAGAAUUGAACCAGGGACCACAAACUACAAUGGGACAGUUCCUACUUUGCCAUUCGGGUACGAAGUCAUCAUGCUUCAACAAUUUUGUUUACAUCCGUAUCCUCCUUUUGUAUCCUUGAUACUUUUUUGUUUGCUCUCAAAGUUGAUUUAAGCUUUCCAUCAAGCAACUUUUCUUUUUCUUUUUGCUUUGAAGUUAUAGAUAGCAAUAGUAGUUCCAUCAUUUUAUAGCAUUUUCCCUCGGUCACCAAUAACCAACAUAAUACUGGUCAUGAUCAUAUUUUACUAACACCAAUUCUAAGGGUACAGUUUGCUGCAUUGUUUUAGACUCAGUCAGCAUCAUCAUUUACAGUGUUAUGAUUCGUAUGAUUAGCUCACUACUGUUUUUCUCAGGAAAGUUAACUUGUCUAGUGUCAACCCUCAUUGGAUGGACUCAAUUUCACGAGCACAUACUACAUUUUGAAGUGCUUAUUAUAUAUGGGGGCCGAUUUUGUCUCGCUCUUAAAAUACCGGUCUAUAUACCAUUUGUAUCUUUUAGGUAUUGAAUGUACUUUACGAGAGAUCUAAUGGAUGGAGUCGUGUAAAAAUUUAAAACAAAAUAAACAUACUAGGAGUAGUUAUAAGUUGAGAAUAUAUCUUAGUUACUACCCAUCUCAUCCUAUAACUACCCUUAUCAUGUUUUAUUUAAAAUAUCGAUACAACCUCAUCGAUUAGAUCUCUCAUAAGGUAAAUCUAACGGCUAGAAGAUACAAACAGUACAAAAUCUUUUCUUUAAAGAGUGGGACAAAUUCUACCCCAUAUGUAUAUUUAUGUUAAUGAGAAUAAACUCACAUUUUGAAUGACAUUGGGUUUGGUUUAUGUUUAGUAGAGUUCUCAUUCUUAGUUUUUUUUAACUCAAGGAAACUUUGUGGAUAUUUUACUACUGUAACAGUAAUUGGUUAUUUUGCCAGGCACCUUGUUAUAAUAUUAUUGAAUUUUACUGUA